ACACAUUCUAGAAUUAUAUGGGAACAGGAUAGAAGUGAAAAUGAAUGUGUCACUUCGCACACUAGGUGAGUUCGAUCCCGGGAUGGUGACAGAAAACGGGUCUCUUUCUGUCUGUUCUGUCUGGGCCUUUCUGAACCGCUGCGCAUUCAUGUGUUUGAAAAAACUGCAGAAGAGAACGGAAGCGGCCAGCACUGCAUGUCAUUUCCCGUCAGUCCAGAGGGGCAAACGCUGGAUGUACAGCGCCGAGCGAUUGAGAUCCGUCGGCUCCAGGACCAUCUCGCGACUGCAUGCCGACACACAGACACCCACAGAUGCAGACGAAGGACAGGACUUUUUUCACACCAUCCUCCCAUUCCACACGUACCCCUUGCAGUCGUCGUAUUGCUUCUUGGAGGGCAUCUUGGCCUUCAUGUAGGUCAGCUUGAACGCACACUCACGGGCCCUCACUCCCUCGUGGCACAGCUGCCGCUGACUCCUGAAGGCGCGCACUUUCCCCGUGUCGACAUUGAUAACGGCAGCAAACACAUUCACUGACACGUGGCGCACAGCCGGCGGGCGCUUGUUCGGCUGCUUGUCGCCCCCAUAGGAGCAGCCGUCGAGCAGCCUGGGGAAGAUGGCCAGUCGAGGGGCGUGGGAUGGGUCUCCGUCACAAGCCACAUUGGCCAUCAUCAGGUCCGCUUUGUCCUCAUAGAUCAUCAAUGGCCUUGCCGAUCUGUCGUCGAGAUUCAGGAAGUCCAUGCGGGCGGCGUCUCGCUUGUGCCGGUGGUCGUUUCCUUCGCCGCCAUCCAAGUUGCGCAGGAGGCUCUGCAGCAGGGGAUGCCCGUCGAGCACCGAAGGCGACCAUGUCGGCCUAAGCUUGCGGGGGAUGGGGCUGUCGAGAUGAUCUCCAGGUCGCUUGACUGGCAGCACUGGUGGGCUGCGUGACACCACUGGCUCAUGGUGACAAAGGGGAGAGGAAGCAGCCAGUGCCUGACGGUGACACGUGCAGAAACAGAGACAACAUCAAAGCGCUUGUCUUCACGCCUUUCGCACGUCUGACCGUGGCAGUGGACUGCGAUGCCGAUGUGCCCUUGCUGUGCAGCACCUUCUUGCCCAAAGCGACGCCACGAUGAGUCGCUUGUCGUGGCAGGAUUGGGUAGCCGCGAGCAACAUCCUGUGGCUGAGGGGCUACAGGUGGCACUGCAGGGGUGCAAGGAGCAACAUCCCUUGGGUGAGGGAUGAACAGGGACUCAUCACACCUGCACGCCAUCACCAAACCAUCACAAACACCGCCCAUUACACUGAGUUGGUGUGCUGUCAGAGUGUGCUUCUGCCUCUUGCUCAGUGACACUCACCCCAGUGUGCAGUCGCUGCAUUGGCAGAGAUCACCUAUUUUGUCGCGAUUGCAGAAAGAAAGCAACAUUGUCACGUGAGUGAGGCAAGCAGCUCAGCGUGAAUAGGGCGAGUGUCGUUGUGCUGUGUGCAGGAAUACCUCCUGUCUGUUCCUGUCAGUGGGAAUGACUUCCGUCUUGCUUUCCAUUGCUAUACUAUUUGGAUCAAUAGUCCUGCAUCCAAAGAGUAUGGCAAUGCAGACGCAUCCUUUGGCCUCUUUUUCCUUGUGCUUUCCUCCCG